AGAGAGGGACAAAAAAGAAGACUUUUUCCAAAGAGCACAAAUAAACAGUCAGCCAUUGAUGAGCUCCAAAGCUUGUUUCCCGCGAAACUGAUACAUCCCCAUUUAAUUUCACACAAAACCCUUUCUCGUUUCCCUAGACUUUUUCUCUUCCGUUUUCAUUUUGAAUGUUUCUUCCUUUUCUUAAAAAUUUCUUCAAUUCCCAACGUGUGUGUGUUUGUGUUUUUUUUUUUUUUUUUCCAAUUUUUUUCCUCGCAUUUAGUUUUUCGUUGGAAAAGUAGCUGAAUUUGGACAUUUUUCGCAAUAUCCAGAAGGCAAAUGCGCGUACAUAAUAUGGGUAAAAAAAUGGUAGAUCUUCAUUGUUGCGUGUCUUUUUUUUUUUUUCUCCUUCAAAGCUCUCCUGUUUUCGCCAUCUUAAUAGAAGAAAUCCCAUAUGAAGAAUAUUCAUUAUAAUUCUUUCUAACAUACUAUUCUCUGUAUUUUCGGGGGGGUUUCUAGAAUCUAUUUUCAUUGUAUUUAUAGUUUCAGAGGCUCAGAGUCAGAGGUGUUCCUUCCUGUUUUCUUUUUUUGGGUUUGUUUGUUUUAUCUCUGGGACCCUUUUUCUCACUUAGAAAAUUACUAAGCUGUAUCUUCUCCUGCUUUCAACUUUCCAGCUCAUUCUCUUUCAAGCUCUUCAUUUCUCUCAAGAUUCUUUGCUUACCAUAAAAAAAGUGUGCUUUUUUUUUUUUUUUUUUUUUUUUUUUUUGUUUUGGUUUACUUCUUCAUCUGCUUUCUUUUUGGUCUUAUAUUUGAUUAAUUUAUAAAAUAUAUUUCUUACCUAUUGGGAUUUUAAGCUUUUGGGUCCGAACUCUUACUGGGGUGCUGUUUUUUUGUAUUUUGUUUUAUUUUUUUGUAAACUGGUGUCACUUGCAAGUGUUUUCCUGGGUGUCUUUGUUAAAGAAAUAUAAUAAUAAUUGUGAAUUUUUGUGGAGUUGUGGUGCUUGGCUAUUCUUGAAGAAGCUGUGUGAUUAUCAGUGAGGAUUUGCCUCUUGAAGUAAAUUAUCAGUGAAUAGUGCCUUAAUUAGUGUGGAAGAUCAUAAACACUCCUUCAGGGGAGAUUUUGAGUGACAAAGUUGUCGGGUUUUUUCCCAAUAGAUUUUGGAUAUUAGAGGUUGGUUUACAGGUUUUCGGUUUUUGGGGAGAUAUAAAUAAUGAGGGGUAAGAUAAGAAGGAAGCUGCACUUCAGCAAGAUCUACUCAUUCACAUGUGGAAAAGCUUCAUUCAAAGGUGACCAUUCCCAGAUUGGGGGACCAGGGUUUUCUAGGGUGGUGAUCUGCAAUGAGCCAGGUAGCUUUGAGGCAAGAAUUCAUAAUUAUGGAGACAAUUAUGUUAGGACCACGAAGUAUACACUUGCUUCUUUCUUGCCAAAGUCCUUGUUUGAGCAGUUUAGGAGGGCGGCUAACUUUUUCUUCUUGGUUACUGGCAUUUUAUCCUUUACUGAUCUGGCUCCUUAUAGUGCUGUUAGUGCUAUCUUCCCCUUGAUUAUUAUUACAUUGGCCACCAUGAUUAAAGAAGGCUAUGAGGAUGUGCGGCGAAAGAAGCAGGAUAUUGAGGUUAAUAAUCGAAAGGUCAAAGUGCAUAAACAUGAUGGAAAGUUUGAGCAUACCGAAUGGAAGAAUCUGAGAGUUGGUGAUAUGGUGAAGGUGGAAAAGAAUGAAUUCUUUCCGGCAGACCUGAUUUUACUUUCAUCUAGUUACGAAGAUGCAGUCUGCUAUGUCGAAACCAUGAACCUUGAUGGGGAGACAAAUUUGAAAAUUAAGCAAGCAUUGGAGGCAACCACAUUCUUAAGUCAGGAUGCAGACAUACAUGAUUUCGCUGCUACUGUUAAAUGUGAAGACCCAAAUGCAAAUUUGUAUUCUUUUGUUGGUACUAUGGAAAUUGCAGGGCAGCACUAUCCCCUUUCACCUCAACAACUUCUCCUCAGAGACUCUAAACUUCGAAACACGGACUACAUAUAUGGGGUCGUUGUUUUCACCGGUCAUGACACAAAGGUUAUGCAAAAUGCUACAGCCCCGCCUUCAAAAAGAAGCAAAAUUGAGAAGAAGAUGGAUAGAAUUAUCUAUUUUCUGUUUUGUGUUCUUUUUGUAUUGGCAUUUUUUGGGUCUGUUUACUUUGGUAUCAUAACUGAAGAGGACUUGGAAAAUGGGAGGAUGAAAAGGUGGUAUCUUAGACCAGAUAGUUCUACAGUUUUCUUUGACCCCAAGAGAGCACCAUCUGCAGCAAUUUAUCACUUUCUGUCAGCUCUAAUGCUAUAUAACUACUUUAUCCCUAUCUCCUUGUAUGUAUCAGUAGAAAUUGUCAAGGUCCUUCAGAGCAUCUUCAUCAAUCAAGAUAUUCACAUGUACUAUGAGGAAGCUGACAAACCGGCACAUGCUCGUACCUCAAAUUUGAAUGAGGAACUCGGCCAAGUUGAUACAAUACUUUCUGAUAAAACUGGGACCUUGACUUGCAAUUCAAUGGAAUUCAUCAAGUGUUCUGUGGCUGGGACAGCUUAUGGACGUGGUAUGACAGAGGUUGAGAGGACUAUGGCCAGAAGAAAUGGUUCACCCUAUGUUCGUCAAGAUCUUAAUGGACAGAACCAUACAGAUGAUUCCAGUGAUAAGAAGCCACCCAUUAAAAGCUUCAAUUUUAAUGAUGAAAGGAUCAUGAAUGGGAACUGGGUUAAUGAACCACAUGCAGAUGUCGUCCAGAACUUUUUCCGUUUAUUGGCAAUUUGCCAUACAGCCAUACCUGACAUGGACGAAGAUACAGGGAAGGUUACAUAUGAGGCUGAAUCACCAGAUGAAGCAGCAUUUGUGAUUGCAGCAAGAGAACUUGGGUUUGAAUUCUACAAAAGAACACAGACAAGCGUAUCGCUGCACGAGUUCGAUCCAGUUUCUGGGAAUAAUGUUCAAAGGACGUAUCAACUUCUGAACAUUUUAGAGUUCAACAGCACAAGGAAACGGAUGUCUGUGAUAGUAAGAAAUGUGGAAGGAAAAAUAUUAUUGCUUUCCAAGGGUGCCGACAGUGUCAUGUUUGAAAGGCUGGCCAAGAAUGGUAGGCAGUUUGAAGCUGCAACCCAGCAGCAUGUAAAUGAGUAUGCUGAUGCAGGCCUCCGAACCCUGAUACUUGCCUAUCGUGAACUUGAUGAGGAAGAAUACAGAGAGUUUAAUGAGAAAUUUACUUGGGCCAAAAAUUCAGUUAGUGCAGACCGGGUAACAUUGAUUGAUGAAGUAGCACAGAAGAUUGAAAGGGAUUUAAUUCUUCUGGGAGCAACUGCUGUGGAGGACAAACUCCAAAAUGGGGUUCCUGGUUGCAUUGACAAACUUGCCCAGGCUGGAAUAAAAAUUUGGGUUUUAACUGGAGACAAGAUGGAGACUGCCAUUAAUAUUGGUUUCUCUUGCAGUCUGCUUCGACAAGGGAUGAAGCAGAUUAUAAUCAAUUUGGACACCCCAGAAAUUCAAGCACUGGAAAAGGCAGGAGAUAAGGGAGCCAUUGCUAAGGCAUCAAAGGGGAGUGUUCUCCGUCAGAUAAAAGAGGGGAAGGCUCAAACAAGUGCAUCAAGGGGGAGUUCGGUUGCCUAUGCUUUAAUUAUAGAUGGCAAAUCACUUGCUUACGCCCUAGAAGAUGAUAUAAAGAAAAUGUUUCUAGAUCUUGCCGUUGUCUGUGCAUCUGUUAUUUGCUGCCGUUCAUCACCAAAACAGAAGGCACUGGUUACUAGACUGGUUAAAUCUGGAACUGGGAAAACUACAUUAGCGAUUGGUGAUGGUGCCAAUGAUGUGGGAAUGCUUCAAGAAGCAGAUAUUGGGGUUGGAAUCAGUGGUGUUGAAGGAAUGCAGGCGGUUAUGUCAAGUGAUAUUGCAAUUGCGCAGUUCCGUUACUUGGAGCGUUUACUGCUGGUUCAUGGACACUGGUGCUAUAGGCGUAUUUCAUCAAUGAUAUGCUACUUUUUCUACAAGAAUGUUGUAUUUGGUUUCUCUCUCUUUCUGUAUGAGGCAAAUACAUCAUUCUCUGCUCAACCAGCUUAUAAUGACUGGUUCUUGUCACUUUAUAAUGUUUUCUUCUCAUCAGUUCCAGCAAUUGCCAUGGGAGUUUUUGACCAAGAUGUAUCUGCAAGAUAUUGCCUCAAGUUUCCUCUUUUAUAUCAAGAAGGGGUGCAAAACGUACUUUUCAGCUGGCGUCGAAUACUGGGCUGGAUGCUCAACGGGCUUUGCAGUGCCAUAAUCAUUUUCUUUUUCUGCAUAAAUGCAAUGGAUCCACAGGCCUUUAACAGUGAUGGCAAAAUUGCUGGGAAGGAUAUUUUAGGGGCGACGAUAUACACGUGCAUAGUUUGGGCUGUGAAUUUGCAGAUGGCAGUUGCCAUAUCUUACUUCACUUUGAUACAACACGUUGUCAUCUGGGGUUCCAUUGCUUUUUGGUAUAUUUUCGUCAUGGUAUACGGAGCCAUGACUCCCAGUUUCUCUACCAAUGCUUACCAAGUCUUCAUUGAAUCACUUGCCCCAGCUCCUUCUUAUUGGAUUAUCACACUCCUUGUGGCAAUCUCAGCUCUAAUUCCAUACUUUUCAUACUCGGCUAUUCAGAUGCGUUUCUUCCCUAUGUACCAUGGGAUGAUACAGUGGAUAAGAUACGAAGGUCGAUCUCAUGAUCCUGAGUACUGUGAUAUGGUGCGCCAGAGAUCCUUGAGACUGAAUACUGUUGGUUUCACAGCACGGGUAGCAAGUACCCGCAUGCAAGAUAGAACUUAUUAUCAUUCAUGAAAUUUUGUGAAUUUGGAUAAUUGUCAAGCAGUUUAGGUGAUGGGUCAUCUUGCCCAAAUUGGGAAAAUUUUUCCUGCUUUGUAUAUUAGUGGUUUGAACGUACAGGUUUUCAUAGGCCACAGAGUUUACAGUUGGCAGAUGACUAUGUAUAGUAGCAUUAUUCAGCUGUAAUAUUAGAUGGAUAGGAAACGCCCAAAAAUCUGUACAGCUUGAUUCUUUGCCUUCUGAGGCUGCAUAUUUGUUUUAGUAGUGCCAUACAUUUAGUAUGAUUACGGAAAUGUAUGUAAUAUAGAAAUGAGAAAAUUCAAUUGUAGACGAAUUUGAUACUGCCUAAUUUAUUUGGCAAGAAA